GAGAUGAGAAAAUUAAAUGAUUCUGAACUGGCCAGAGGUCCCGAAGAAGUGUUUACAAUAAUUGGCAAAAUAGGGAGGGGAUCGUAUGGUAGUGUGUUCAAGGCAGUGCACAAAGAGACGGGCCAGGUUCUUGCCAUCAAGCAGGUCCCCGUGGAUACCGAUUUACAGGAGAUCAUUAAAGAGAUAUCUAUCAUGCAGCAGUGUGACAGUCCUUACAUUGUAAAAUACUAUGGGAGCUACUUCAAAAAUUCUGAUUUGCUGAUUGUGAUGGAGUAUUGUGGUGGAGGAUCUGUAUCCGACAUCAUGAGAAUCAGGAGGAAGACCUUAACAGAGGAGCCAAUAGCAACAGUUCUGCUGUACACACUAAAGGGCCUGGAGUACUUACACUAUCGCAAGAAAAUACACAGAGAUAUAAAAGCUGGCAACAUACUGUUGAACAACGAAGGGCAUGCGAAAUUGGCAGAUUUUGGGGUGGCUGGUCAGUUGACGGACACCAUGGCAAAGAGGAACACAGUGAUAGGAACUCCGUACUGGAUGGCUCCAGAAGUCAUUCAAGAAAUUGGCUACGACUGCGCCGCUGACAUCUGGAGUCUUGGAAUAACAGCUCUUGAGAUGGCAGAGGGCAAGCCUCCUUAUGGCGACAUCCAUCCAAUGAGAGCCAUCUUCAUGAUUCCCACACGACCGCCUCCGACCUUUCGUGACGUCAGUCGAUGGAGUGAGGACUUUGUAGAUUUUGUGUCCAAGUGUCUUGUCAAGAACCCCGAACAUCGAGUUACUGCUAAGGAGUUAUUGCAGCAUCCCUUCAUCAUCUCGAAAGCCAAGUCCAGUUCGAUCUUGAUGGAUAUGAUUCGAGAGGCCAAGGAGAUCCAGGAGGAAAACUUGUCUGGUGGUUCCAGGGACAGUUAUCUGGAUUCUAAUAAGGUAACAUUGUUUGGUACUUGCUGGUUGAAAUAG